AUGGCUGACACCGAGAACAAAGAUGUCCUGGCUGGUACCGGAGAGGAGGAGUCGACGGCCAACUACGAGCCCAUCGUCCAGCUCUCGGAGGCUGACAAGGUCGAAACAAAGACGCACGAGGAGGACGAAGAGGUUACGUUCAAGAUUCGAGCCAAGCUGUUCCGCUACGACAACGAGAACAAGGAGUGGAAGGAGCGUGGCACAGGAGAUGUUCGUCUGCUCAAGCACAAGGAGUCAGGCAAGACGAGGCUGGUCAUGAGGAGAGACAAGACGCUCAAGGUCUGUGCAAACCACUACGUUCUGCCCUCGCUCAAGCUCUCGCCCAACGUCGGUUCAGACCGCUCGUGGGUCUACAGCGUUACCGCAGACGUCUCGGACGGCGAGCCGGUGGCUUGCACGCUUGCCAUUCGCUUUGCCAAUUCGGAGAACGCCAAUCAAUUCAAGUCGCACUUCGAGGCGGCGCAGAAGGGCAACACUGGCAGCUCGUCAGAGGCGGCCCCCUCCACCGACGGCGGCAAGACUGAGGAGGCAGCAGCGCCAGCAUCAUCAGCGGAGAAGAAGGAGGAGGAGCCCAAGGCCGACGCAGCAGCUGCGGCCGCGGACAAGGAUGAGAAGAAGGAGGACGAGAAAGCCGCCGCCAAGGCCGACUGAUGCGUACAAUGGGUAGAGCCGCGAACAGCGAGGAAAGCUGCAGGUCGUUUGUACUCACGAGUGGAGAAGUCUUCAUCGCGUCGAAUACAUCCCAGGAUAACGCUACAUCUCACCCGGGCGGGCGAAAGCUGACUGACCGACGGCUUAAGGUACUGCCCAUGCCCUGUCCACAACGUGCUCACUUCUGCUUCCCUCACACCCAU